CUAUUUAUAUCACACACACAUAGCACAGACAGACACUUGGUCUUUAAAGCACGAGACGUGAAGUGCAAGGAGCAUGUUUUUCUCCUUUCCAACUCUUACAGCGGACACACAGCUGCAGAUUUAAAAAAAAGUGGCACAAGAGGAUCUGAAGGAUGAGUCAUCGUUCUCGAGCCUCCAAGGUGCGACAGCAUGUCCACUGUGAUUCCUGCUACAGCCGGCGCUGCAGGGCUCGGGUGGAGGCCUCUGUGUGCUGCACGGUCGUCCCCUGCCGACUGCUCUGUGGAGCAGUCUUCCACCUGUGCAAAGAGGAGGACCACCUGCUGCUCUGCCCAAACGUGAGGGUACCUUGCCUUAAUGCUGAAUAUGGCUGCCCGGUCCAGCUGUCCCGCUCCUCGCAGGCUGCUCACCUCCAGGUGUGUCCGGCCAGCGUGGUGUGCUGCUCCAUGGAGUGGAACCGCUGGCCUGCCAACGACGCCCAUUCUUACCCAAACACAGAGCUGCAUGAAAACCUGCUCAGAGAAAGGGAGCAGGGAGGAUGUCUGGACCUGGCCAUGGCCCUGAAAGACCAGGACCGCCUGUUUCAUUCCAUGAAGAUGAAGAAGCUGUUCCCUGAGCUGAUCCAGAGUGUGGAGGAGGAGGAGAAAGAGGAAGAGAGGAUGGAGGAGGAAAGGAAGGAGAAGGAGAAGCAGAAAAAGGCCGCCUUGGAGAAGGAAGCAGCAGCAAAGGAAGCCCUUGCUCAGACAUGGAAGUCUUUUAACAUGUUUAACAUUGAUAUGCCUGAAAAGGGGGAUGAGGAUGAAGAUGAGAUUGAUGUUGAUGUUGAAUAUCAGCCGGUGCUGACUCAGGAGGAGAGAGAGGCUAUUGCCAGGUCCGCAGGAGUGGAUACUAGUCUGUUAGAAAACUACACUGCCUGGGAGCGCAUGUUCAGUAUGGAGAUGGGCGGCUGCAGGGAGGCUGGAGGUGCAGCUGUGGCAGGCAGAGGCCAGGCUAAAGGAACUGGAAAAGGCCUGGGCACUCUGAUGGAGGAAGAUGCAGCAGAUUCUUGUAUGGGUGCAACAGCAUCAAACAACUGCAAACAGGCGAGCAGUGCAUGCAUGGCCACAUCUUCCUCCUCCUCCCCCUCCUCCUCUUGCACCAGGAAGAAGAAAUUCGUGUACGGAUAUUUGGAGCCAAUGAAGAUUAUCACUGUGCGAACGUUUAAAGUCCCAACCAGCUUCUCUGCCAGGCAAAGCCGCAUCCGCAACCCUGGUUUCUACAAGAGAGAGAAUCAAGCUGUGGAUACCAGUGACCUGGGGGUGGCACAAGAGGAGAUGCCAGUGUGGGAGGAAGUUCAGGCCUCUCUGCUGUGCUCCCUGGAGAAGGAGCAGAGGGGUCACCUUAUUGCAGAGAGCAUAUGCACAGACGGUCUGUUACAAGAUGAAGGCACACAGACUUAUAGCUUCCUGUCCGCUCCCUUCCGGAGAAACACCUCGCUGGCUGAUCUGACUGCUGGAAAACCACUGGAGCUGCACCUUCAGCUGCAGGUGGAGAGCGUCACCAGCCGACACCACAAGGCCAGCUCCGCCUUCACCUUUCUCUGUGGACACACAUUCCAGCGCAGAGAAUAUGGAAAACAUUAUAAGAACAUCCACAGUGACAUUCAGAUGGGUGUGAAUGGUUGGUUCGAGCAGAGAUGCCCUCUGGCGUACCUGGGCUGCACCUACAUCCAGAAGAGGUUUCAGCCCUCCACACAUGAAGCCAGCGUCACCUACAACGAGGAUCUGGGCUGCUUUAGCCUGCAUCCCACCAUCCCAGUCUCUCUGGGUGAAGCCGCCCAGCCGUCCAGGAGCUCUGCGGACUCCUCCACUGCUCAGAGAAGGAGAGGGGGUCGAGCAAGAGGAGGGGAGGACUCUCUGAGUUCGCUGCCCUACGAGGUGCUGUGCCACAUGGCCAGUUUCCUGGACAGCCUGUCCCUAUCCCAGCUGGCUCUGGUGUCCCAGCUCAUGAGGCAGGUGUGCUCCUCCCUGCUGCAGGAGAGAGGGAUGGUCACCCUUCACUGGGAGAGGAAGACCUACUCUCAUGGAAGAGCCAAGUGGAGGGUGAAGCACAAGGUGUGGCAGUUCAGCAACUUGUUCUCUCCUGUGGACACUUGGUGCUUCCAAGACGUGCUGCCCAUUUCAGAGCAUCUAAAGGUGUGUCCCCACUACGAGAGGGAGUCCAGAACAGAGAAGAUUCACCUGCCACGGAUCAGAGAUGAAGACCAAACCAACACAGGCUGCAAAGGUCCCACUCUGGUUAGCUUGUUCCAGCAGAAGAGGAUCAUGAUGUGAUGACAGGAUACUAUUUGCUGCUCUAAUCUGUUAUUGUUGAACAAGUUAAGUAACACUGAGGUAUCAUGACCUGCCUUGUUUGGGUCCUUUUUUCUCUUUUUUCUCCUUCUUCCCAUAUUCCCUGUUGCUGCUGUUCAUGGUCUUUUAGAAAUAAAGGAAAGUUCUUGGGAUUAAUAUUUGGACACUGUUAGGCUUUAAUCUCAGAGUUAUGGUAAUUCUGACUGUAUUAACAAAAGAAAGUAAAUAAAUAAAUUAACCAGAA